CACACCUUUUGUACCACUGUCUCCGCGACCCCCACCCCCUUGCUAUUAAAAGCCACCUCCCAACCAGACGGAGAGGCUAGUACUACUAGCACUGCGUUGAUAGCAGCAAUGGUGGCUUCCUCCGCCUCCUCGUCUCCCCCAUAAAGCCACUCCACUCCAUUUGCGCGGGUGUGGGGGGGUGGUUCUUCUUGGCGUGUUCUUGGCCCUUCCUCGUACGCGGCGGCGGCGCGCGGCCAUGGACGUGGCGGGGGAGGAGGUGGUGAAUGAUGAAUACGGGUACGAGUUCGACCUCGAGAACCCCUUCACCAGCCCCGCCGACGAGCCGAUCGCCAGCCUCCUCGACGCCGAGGGCCACCACUCGCCGUCCGUCUCGGCCGCCUCCUCCGCCGCCCGCCGCGAGGCCGCCGCCUUCAUCUCCGAGGUGCGGUACGACGGCGAGCUGAACGUGCAGCCCCGGGUGGCCUACCUCGCGCUCAACUACGUAGACCGCUUCCUCUCCAAGCGCCAAUUGGCCGGCGACGGGCACAAUCCAUGGGCGCCGCGGCUGCUCGCCAUCAGCUGUCUCUCCCUCGCCGCCAAGAUGCAGCGCGCCGCCGCCAUCUCCGUCGCGGACAUCCAGCGGGGCGAUCCCAUGUUCGGCGAGGCGACCAUCCGGCGCAUGGAGCGGAUGGUGCUCGACGCGCUGGAGUGGCGGGCGCGCUCCGUUACGCCGCUCGCCUUCCUCGGCUUCUUCCUCUCCUCGUGCUUCCCGCAGCCCCGGCACCAACCGCUGGUCGACGCCAUCAAGGCGCGGGCCGUCGACCUCCUCCUCCGCGUCCAGCCAGAAGUGAAGAUGGCGGAGUUCUCCCCCUCCGUGGCGGCGGCCGCGGCUCUGCUCACCGCCGCCGGAGAGGUCGCCGGCGCCCACCUCCCCGCCUUCCAAGCCGGCGUCGCCGCUUGCCACUUUGUAAAUAGCGAGAAGUUGCGAGAGUGCGGCGAGGUGAUGGCGGCGGCGUGCGGCGUCGGGCCCGGCUGGACGGCGGCCGCGGCGGCGGGCAGCGCCGAUACGCCGGUGACGGUGCUCGGCCACCACCGGAGCGCCAGUUCCGAGAGCGAGCGCACCACCACCGUCGGAUCAGCGGUCAACAGCACCGAUGCGAAGAAGCGCUGCAUGGGCCCACCUCGGCAGUGGGGGUAGGCGGCGUGAAGCGAGAGAUAGGGUGACGACGGCUCCGACAGCUGGAAGAGCUGGGAAAAAAAUUUACUCUUGCUCCUGCUCUUUCUUUCUUUCUUCCCAUUCACCUUUCCUUUUCUUUUUCUUCUUCUCGAUUCUUUUUUCCCUCUAUUUUAAUCUUGUCGAGGUAAAGCAGGAAUGGAGAUAAUUGGUGGUGGUGGUGGUAGCUGUCAUUUUAAUUGCUUUUUUUUUGCUCGUCUUUUUUUAGGCUAGUUUAGUUUUGAAGCAGUACUGGAUGUUAGGGGGAUGGAUAUAUUGUGGUGAGAGGGGGAUAGUGUGAUAUUGCGGAAAAUAAAAAAAAUGUUGCCUAUUGCUGGUGUAUUUCGGAAUUUCUUUUUUGUGACUUAAUUCAAUCUGCUUCAGAAAUGCUGAAUAUAUCUUCUGGUGUAUUGGUUGGAGAAUCCUCGGAAAAAAAAUAGCACCAUCCCUUUUCUUGCGAAAAAAGAGGAAACUGUAAAUAC